UCCGCCAGUUGGAGAUUUUGCGCCAAAACUUGAAUAGUCCAGUCGAUCAGUUCGUUCGAUUUUGGUUCAGUCAAUUUCCUCAGUGGAAAACAAAAACCGAACUCCAACCCGACCGAAUAUCCGAACCGUCUUCAUUUUUUUCCGCGGACGUGGUUGUUUGCAGGGUGGGUGGUGGGGAGGAAAUGAAGAUGAGUGUGUGAUCUCUCUUUGGGUCCGGGGUGCCGCGCGGAGGUUGGGCCCUGGACAAAGGAUCCGCCCCGUUGAGGUUUCCCUACCGCGAGAAGGUCCGCCCUGCGAGCGGCUCCCCCGACCCAGGACAGAGUGAAGGCGGCGAUAUUGACAUCAAUCAUAAGGGUCUCGUCUCGGUCUCCUGUGCGCCUGCAUGGUGGUCGGAAGGCUAGAUGAAUUGUAAAUAGCCCUAAUUACAGAAGAGAUAGCAGAUAUGCUCAGGGGACCUGCACACAUAAUCAUAAGAAAUAACAGUUUGAUUAGCAACAUUUUGCAGAGGAAGAAGGUAAUGAUGUCCCAGCAGAUUCAUUCUCGGAGAAUUGAAGGAUUAGACAAGAAUGUUUGGGUUGAAUUUACAAAACUUGCUGCUGACCAUGCGGUUGUCAACCUAGGACAAGGAUUUCCUGACUUCUCCCCUCCAAAUAUUGUAAAAGAUGCUUUCACAAGGGCCAUAAACGGUGACUUCAACCAGUAUACCAGGGCUUCUGGUCAUCCACCAUUGGUGAAGAUCUUAGCAAAGUUCUUUGGGAAAUUACUGGAACAAGACAUUGAUCCAUUCACUGAAGUGCUAGUGACAGUUGGAGCAUAUGGGGCCCUGUUCUGUUUCUUCCAGGCGCUGAUUGAUGAUGAUGAUGAAGUUAUUAUCAUUGAACCGUUCUUUGAUUGUUAUGAGUCCAUGGUGCGAAUGGCAGGCGGCCAACCUGUAUACAUCCUGCUGCGUCCAAAACCGGUAUCUGGAAGGUUGAUGACCAGUGCUGACUGGGUAUUGGAUCCUGCUGAACUAGCAAAUAAAUUUAACAAGCAUACUAAAGCAAUCGUCAUUAACACACCAAAUAACCCUCUUGGCAAGGUUUUCAACCGUGAAGAGUUGCAGAUGAUCGCAGAUCUGUGUGUGAAGCACAAUGUGUUGUGCAUUAGUGACGAGGUGUAUGAGUGGCUGGUAUAUGAUGCAAACAAGCAUGUGCGGAUUGCUAGCCUGCCAGGGAUGUGGGAGCGUACAAUCACUGUUGGAAGUGCAGGUAAAACCUUUAGUGCAACAGGAUGGAAGGUUGGCUGGGCAAUUGGACCCAAGGACAUCAUAAGGCAUUUGCAGACUGUCCAUCAGAACUCAAACUAUCAUUGUGCCACUCCAGCACAGCAAGCUGUAGCAGAAGGAUUUAUGAAAGAAUUUGGACGCUUAGGAGCACCAGACAGUUAUUUCACCAAUUUGCGUCAGGAACUGCAAUUGAAACGUGACCGGCUUGCUGCGUGCCUCAUGUCUGUGGGGCUAAAGCCAAUUGUACCAGAGGGUGGUUACUUCUUGAUUGUGGACAUCACAGGAGUCAAAGUUGAUCUGCCGGUUUCCACUGACACUGAGGAGCCACAUGAUUAUAGGUUUGUGAAGUGGCUCAUAACUAAUAAGGGCUUGGUCACAAUUCCAGUGUCUACUUUCUACUCUUCUGACCACAAAAAGGACUUUGAAAACUUUAUACGUUUUUGUUUUGUUAAGGGCCAGCUGGUCUAAUUGUGCCAAGAGGACCAACACCAGCAAGGAUAUGCCAAAUAUAUAAAGAUCCUGCCCCACUUCCAAUGAUGAAAGGGCUGUCAUGCUGGCUGGGAAAGGCCAGGACUAAACCUGUAGUGUUUGGAGGCACCAGUGAGGAAGCAACAUUGAGCUUUUCAGUUCUCGGAUGAAAAGGAAGACUCUAACUCAUUUGGCCUGUAUAAACUAUUCUGCAUCUUCACCAACGUUUUUUUCUCUUCUGAAGGCACCAAUGUCACCCAGGACUCUGCACACCAAAACAGACUGCAUUCUGAAUGCCUCUACACCAGAACCACAUGUGAGCUUGUAGUGAUGAGCAAUAACACAAGAUAUCCACCUCCUUGACUUACAUCUGAUGACAAGUUGCCUAUCAGUGCAACAGCUCUGUGCAUCUUUAAGCUCUGGCCAAAGUGUGAAAAGACGAGCUGAAAAUGUGUUGCUGGAGAAGUGCAGCAGGUCAGGCAGCAUCCAAGGAGCAGGAGAAUCAACAUUUCAGGCAUGAGCCCUUCUUCAGGAAAUGAUUUUCAGGCAUGAGCCCUUCUUCAGGAAAUGAUGCUAUGAGCAAGUGCUAAGAAAGAAAGCAAACAGCCCUAAGAUACAGUCUGGUUGAAUUUAUGAGCUGUGUACUUGUCCUUGCAUUAAAAGUGUCCUUAUAGUCUGCACCCCAAACUGUAACAUUACAGAGAACUGCAUACUAUAAGUAGUUCGGAUGAUACAAUGAGGCUAACAUGUUGGAUGUCAGUGUCUGUGGAUGUGGGGUGCAUGUGGCCACUGCCCUGGAGCAUACCUUGAGAUGUUGAUAUUGCUUAUCCAAGAUGGCAUCUCAGAGUCCCAAAUACUGAUCUGGAAUCAUCAUGUAUCCGCUGACUUCUAUGUGUCGAGAUUCUAUCUGGCAUUUAGGUAAAUAGGAACAUGCAUAUAAAUGAGGUGAGAUUUGGUGUUAAUAACAGUGCUAAUGAUUAAUAAUCCUCAUUCGUAGGUCACUCAUUGUUCCUGAGAGAGAAUGUCUCUCAACACCCAGAUUGGAAAAUGUGAUUUGUUGCUCCUGAAGUUGAGGAAAGACUUUCUAUUUCUCACAUGAUUCUCCUAGCUUUCUCAACACAUCCUACAUCAUUUUUGGCUUAGGAAAUUGAGUACAGCCGCUAUCAUCUUUUUCACUGGUCGGACACUCAUUUCACUUGUUUUUCAAGCUAAGAUAUGCUAUCUAGAUUUCUGGAGGCUAUAGGUGUUGAGGAGUACCAGGAGGGAUGGAGAAUUAGCCAUGAUCAUGUUGAAUAGUCUACUUUUCCUCCUAUUUUCUAUGUUUUCUAUGUUUCCAAUGCACAAUGGCACACUUCCUCCUUUCUAUUCGCAUUAUAAUUGUGCUUUUUUUAGCACUUCAUCCAAUCCUUGAAAAGUCUCUUUUAGUUGCAAUCAACACAUCAUCCUGAUUGGAUGAACGAUGUGGGACUGUGCCAAAAUUAUGUUGCAGCUUUGAAAGGUUUUGUAGAAGACUAUAAUUAGGAAACAUCAUUAAAUUCUGUUGACUUUGUCAAUCUGUGUUAAGCUGUGCUUAAGUCUGAGACAAAUUAAAUUUGUGGAAAUCUUGCCUUCUCCUAAUUCAAUACACAAAUAUUGACAGGUCUAUAAUGGAUCUGCUCACCCUCCAUCGGCUGAUUUGUUUUGACUAGAUAGUCUUUUUGUUAUCUCAUUGUUUCGUUGACUUGAGUAUUUUUAUACUCCGGGUUGACUAGUUAGUUUUAAUGAACAUCCUGUUUCUCUUUAGCAUCUUUUCUGUGCAAUCUGGGUUCCCAGCAUGACAAAUUGGCCUAACCUCGUAAUAUUCUGGACUUCUGUCAGGCCUAAUUCUGAGGUGUACUGUCACACCAAUUAUGCUUCCAUGACUGUCCUCAGGAAUAUUGCUGUAACUAUUAUAUUCCAACAAGCAUCUCAACUUGAAAACAUACUUCCAGUCUUUAGCUUGCAAAACACAUCCUAAACAUUACUGAUGGGUUUUUUUUGACACAUCUAAUUACUACAAUGGAGAAUUUGGGGAAUUUGACCUUGUUUUGAAAUCAUGUUUCUACCACCUCACUGAAUGUGCUGUCAUUUGUGUUUCACCGCCAAAUGCAGCAUGUUCAUGUAUUGUUGGUUUACCAACAUCUUUAUUCAAAUUGAAUGACUGCUGGUAACUGGAACCUCUUCCUCAAGUAUUUGGGAUUCAUUUCAAGAUUGUAAACUCCACCCUUGUGAUGUUGCUGCUUAUUGCAUACAAGCAGAUGUAAUAUGGCCUAUCUUUUGACAGUUAAAGUAUUUUUAUUCUUUACAGCAAUAGCAAUCACUAAUUUGCUAUCAACAGAACUCUUUUGAUCAGGUGCCCCUCUUCAGGUUUGAUGGAAGCCUCCUAGUGAA